AUGAUACUACUCAUUAUUUUAGUGUAUACAACUCAUCAAACUCUCCUUUAUUAGUUUAAUGCAACUUCUAACAUAAGAGAUGGUAAUUUCUUCUAUUUAUAUCCUAGGAUGGCAAAAUUAUUUAAGUGAUGUUGAUUUCUAUACUUGUGGAAGCAUUCAAUAUUUUGGGAAAUCUAGCAGUGGCAUUUUUGCAAUUAGUAGAAUACUUUUAGAUCUAGAACCUCAUUCUCAUAUUAUUUUGAAUGCAGAAUUUCUUACGUAAUUUUAUUCUUUAUUACAAAAGUAUUAAUGCAGAUAGCCUGCCCUAUUUUUAUCUAGAUGAAUAAUAAAUGAGUUUUUAGCCAGAGAUAUCAUCUUUUUAUCUCUGUGGUGAUACACAACUCGAAAAUGUAUAUACUAUUUCUAUAACUCUUUUACAUAAUAGAAGAGCGAUUUGGAUAGUAAUUUUAGGUUUGUAAAGAGGAGGAUUAAUAUCAUUAAGAUUAAGUAUUAUUAAAUGUUAGUAGGGAUGUGUUGGAUGCAUAGAGAAUUAUUGUACUAAGUGUUAAUUAUGGAAACUGCAUUAAUAUUCAUUUAAUUAGAAAUUGAUCACAAACCCAGUUGGAUGGACUUUUCUUUCACCUUAUAAUUAUUAUACUUAUUUUGAUUGUGAAAAUUGCUAAUUUUUGUAAUUUACAGAAAUUAAAUAUUCAACUCAAUUACCUCCUCAUUAAGAUGUAUUAAUAAGAUUUUUUAAAUAUAAUGAUGCUGUAAUAAUUGUAGACUAUCUCUAUGGUCAAUAAACAAUUAGUUCUUAUAAUUAAUAAAUAGAAAUAUUUAUAAGAAAUCAUUAGGAUCCUAUAUUAUUAAUAAAUAUUAAAACUUAAUUAGUUUCAGAAUAUAGUUGUGUAAGAGAUUUUGAAGUAUUUUACACUUAACCUGAAACAAUGUUUAAUAAUUUUAAUGAAGGUUGUUUAGAGUAAAUUGAUGAAAAAUGUCUAAUUUGCUAAGAAGGUUGGAUUUAAGAUGAAUUUCUAGAAAAUUGUCAUCCUAUUUGUGGUGAUGGAAUUAUUCAAGGUUAAGAACAAUGUGAUGAUGGGAAUCUAAUAUCGACUGAUCUUUGUUAUUUAUGCAAAUAUUCAUGCAUACAAUUUUGUUCAAUUUGUUAAUUUGGAAUUUGUUUAUAAUGUUAAGAUGGAUUUAUUAUUAAUGCUAAAUUUAAUUGUGAUCCUUUAUGCGGGGAUGGUAAUUUAAUUCCUUAUUCAACUGAAUAAUGUGAACUGACAGUUAAUGGGGGAUAGGAUAAUUGUUUGGAAUGCAGAUUUAUACUAAUUGAAUAUUGUAAAACCAGCUACUUUUCAUUUUGCUUAGAGUGCGAAGUGGGAUUUUAAAUAUAUGAAAAUAAAUGUUUCCCUUAUUGCGGAGAUAAAUUCAUUCUUGAAUAAUAUGAGGAUUGUGAUGAAGAUAAUUAGCAACCUAAUGAUGGUUGUUUUAAUUGCAAAUUUCAAUGCAUUGAAGAUUGUAACAUAUGCACAGGAGGAUAAUGCAUUUAAAAAUGUGAAGAUGGGUAUGAAUUUGUCAAUAAAAGUUGUCUUUCUGUUUGUGGUGAUCAAAUUAUUACAAUAGAAGAGGAUUGCGAUGAUGGUAAUUUAUAACCCUAUGAUGGUUGUUUUUAUUGCAAAUAUUCUUGUCCAGAAAAUUGUUUUGAUUGCUAUUAAGGUACUUGUUUAGAGCGCAAUUACCAGUACUAAUUACUAAUUUCAAAUCAAUGCAAAAAGUAAUUAACUUGUGGAGAUGGAUAUCUAUAGGUAUAAGAGGAUUGUGAUGAUGGAAAUUAUUAAGCAG